AUGGGCUCCAAAACUGUUAAAGUAAUGUGGGCUGGUUGUCUAAAUUAUAAAACAGCUUAUCGUCUUCAACAAUUACUAGCAAAACAUCAUCAAGAUACAACUUUACCAGUUGAUUAUCCCCGCAAUAGUCUUAUUUUAUUGGAGCACAAACCAGUCUAUACCGUAGGCAUUCGUAAACACGAUGAUUACAAUGAAGCAAAAAUAAAACAACUUACUGAUCUUGGUGCUGAAUUUUACAAGACAAAUCGUGGUGGUCUCAUAACUUUUCAUGGACCAGGUCAGCUUGUUGCUUAUCCAAUAAUUAAUUUGCGUCAAUUUCAGACAAACAUAAAAUGUUAUGUCAGUAAAAUAGAACAAAUGAUUAUUAAAUUAUGUGAUGAAUUUGGUAUAAAAGCUAAAACAUCACCCGACACUGGUGUAUGGGUUGGUGAUGAAAAAAUAUGUGCUAUUGGAAUUCAUGGAAGUCGUUAUAUCACAACUCAUGGACUUGCAUUAAAUUGUAAUACAGAUUUAAAAUGGUUUGAUCACAUUGUGCCUUGUGGAAUUGAAGGAAAAGGUGUUACAAGUAUUUCCAAACAACUUAAUAAACAAAUAACAGUUGAAGAUAUUUGUCCAUUAUUUAAAAAUGCAUUUAGAAAUGAAUUUCAAUGCUCAACUAUUGAUCUUACAACAGAUGAAGUAUCUAAAUUUUUACAAUCUUCAGAUAAUAUUAAAUAAUCAAAUUAAGUAAUUAUAAUAAAUUUUAUAUUUUGUGAUUAACUUGUUACAUUAAUUUAUUUAUUUCAAUUUAAAUUUUUUGCAUUGUUUUUAAAAUAAAUAAAAAAUGAUUUUUAUAAUAAUAAUAAUAAUUUUUUUAAUAUUUAAUUUAUUACUAGAAAAAUAAAAAUA